UACACGAAAGGUUUUUGUCUUGUUGCUUUGUGAUUCUUCUGUUCUGCGUCUGCGUCCCGUUUUCUUGGCCGAAAAGAAAGAAAGGCAAACGAACGAUUUUCGCUCCGUGUUUUCGUGCCCAAUCGUAAACUCUAAAUAAAAUAAAAUGUCUCGCAGUUCGUACCUGCUGUGUGUGCUCUUUUUAGGCGCCAGUUGCUUGGUCUUUAGUGCGAGCGGAGCGAAGAGUUACAAGAGAUACAAGACCACGGAGCCGCCCACCACCACCCCGGCCCCCCCGACGCCCAAGGAGUACCUGGACAGCCGUUCCGGAAUCUCCACAUUCGGCAUCAUCGCCAUCAUCUUCACCGUCAUCGUCCUCUGCCUGAUCUUCUACUACGGCAUCAUCUGCUACCCUCUACUCUUCCGCGACGAGAAGAAGUAUCGGUUUAUGGACGUUUCCUCCACCAUCACCGCCGCCACAUCGCGCUCCAUCCAGUCGAUAGAGAACUAUCCCGACCAGAAACACCAUACGAUGGCCUGAUUCGAGGUAUAGACAUCCUAGGGACCGUGGUUUAGUUGUACUUAUACUUAGUAAUUCGAAAAAAAAGACUUCAAUGCCAGCCAGAACGAAAACCGACAAGAAUGAUUACAGAUUUUAGGUUCUAGUGUCCUAACUGACAAGAAAUAUCUCGAAUUUGACUGCAAUAUCUCAUCUCAGACACCAUAUCUAUAAAUAUUGAGCAACAUUUUAUAUCAAGAAGUGGGUAACACACAAAAUCUGGGUUACAAUCAAAUGAAUUCUGGAUUUUUUUUAAGAUUUUAGAACACCAUUUCAUAAUGUAACACCUCCCUUAUAUUUCUUGUCAGUUGCACUUAGGUCAACAGUAUAUAGCAAUAACCAGUUGAGGAGUUCGCUGGAAAGGGAAUUAAUCAUUCAUAAUUGUAAAUUGGGUUUCCUACGCACCACCGACAGUUUCUUUAUCUGUUGUUUCUCUUAAUCCCAGGCUCAACAAGUAUGGCCUGUCCACCGACCCUUUUUACCUUGUCUCUCCUGCGUUUCUGGCCUUUUUAUUUCUUUUUGUGCAGGUAGUCUUGGCCGUUUACGUGCCGCUUUGUUCCUUGCCCUUUUAUUUUUUCUCUUGGGCAAAGCCAAAGUGUGGCAAUUGAGUCACGUUGCCUGUUUCUUUUCUUACGAAAUCCCGAGAUAUUCGGCAAUCUUUUUAUAUACCGUCUCGUCAAAGCCCAAUUUGCAUUCAGAAUCGAACUCUGUGUGAUGCCUCGAAUUUUCCCAUACCAUACCUUGCUAAGGCAAGUCCCCGUCCCUUCAAACACAGGUUGUACUUAAAGCGAAACCAAGUACUUAAUAAAUAUAUACCUUGCCAAUCAUAGCAUAAGCGUCAAUCUGCCACCACGAAUACAUUUAAGCAGUCUUUAAUUUGUGCAUUUAGACCAUACUUCCUUCUAUACAUUGUGUCAAAAUACGUUUUUAGACGUUACCUAGAAUAAGGCCUAUCAAAUUUUACAUAUACAAAUCUUUUUUGGACAUUUUUAUGCGAAUUUUUACAAAAAAUAAACGAUUUUACCAUUG